GAGUGGUCCGCGAGGCAUCUCUGCACCAAGCACACGCGCGGCAGCAGCAGCAGCAGCAUCGGAGGAAGAUUAAAACACAAGAGUCCCAACCAGGGGACAGACAGGGUCCAACAACGUCCCAUGUCCGAACCAAACACCGCCACCUACAACGUUAAAAGGAGGGAAAACGACGCUUUUCAAAGCUUUUAACUAUUGCCGGUUGUUUUUAACGCCAGGUAGUGAAGAAGUGGGUUCACUGGGAAGUUUACUAACGUUAAUUACAGCAGCAGCAUGAAAGCCGGUGUGGACAGGAGAGCAUCAGUCUAAACUUCACUGACUCCAUAAACUUGGUUUAGGUUUAUUUCGCCGAGCUAUUUGCUUGAAAGCUGCAUUAUUUUCCAAAAGAAGCUUGCUUUUUUGGACCGUACGUGGUUGUUUCUCUGUUUGGUCGCUGAGGGACUCGCCAAAACAUCUAACUUUGUAAAACAAAACAUUAAGGUUAUCAGACAUUCACAGAGAUACGAGAAGAAGGAAAGUCGAAGGGAAGGACAGACGGAGAAGUGGAUGUAUAUUGAGCCAUGGAUGUUUACCCACCUCCUCCUCAGCCUCUGACCGCGUCAGACCACACCAGGCUCGGGCAAUACUCCUACCCUGACCCGGCCUUUGGUACCAACAAGCUGGAUGGGGACACCAUGUUCCUGGGAAUGCAAGAAGCAGGCCUUGAUUUUGCCUCAACUAAUCAGUUUCGUGUGCCACAGCCCCCUCACCCUCUCAGCAAGAUGAACCCACCCUCACAGCACUGGAGGAGGGACACACACAUGGCUGACACACAUCGUCUGCCUUGGUCAUACUCAGUGCAAGGUUUGGGCGACGAGGACUUCAACAUCCCGCCCAUCACUCCCCCCACCCUGCCAGACCACAUGCUGCCCCCCCACCUCCCCCACGAUUCCCGCUCCGGGCCGUACCACCCUCUGGACCCCCACUCUAGCUCAGCUCCACACCACCCCUACCAGCUGCAGGGCAUGGAUCUGCCUGGUAGCCAAGAUGGAAAUGCUAUGUUGAACCAAGAUGGUGGCACGUUUAGUCCGGAUGGCGGCCCAAUGACCAGUACACUGUCUGUGAUGCAGCAGAUGGUGAACUCUGAUUCUCGGUUUAACAGCAGCCAGCAGCCAAUAGAAGCUGCGCUUGGACCCAGGAGCCAAUCAGGCAUGAGCCAGCAAAAUCAGUUGUCCACCAUCAACCAAUCACAGCUGGGACUCAGUGGAAACUCUGUUACCCAUAGUUCUCCUUCACCUCCUGGAAGUAAAUCCGCAACACCGUCUCCCUCCAGUUCAGCACAUGAGGACGAGAAUGAUGACGGACUCAGGCUGGGAGGAGAGAAGAGGCCAGCAACAGUGGACAUCUCCAAGAAACCUAAAACACCAAAGAAGAAGAAGCGAAAGGACCCAAAUGAGCCCGUGAAGCCAGUGUCUGCAUACGCCUUGUUCUUCAGGGACACCCAAGCCAACAUCAAGGCCCAGAACCCCAACGCCACCUUCGGGGAGGUGUCAAAGAUCGUGGCCUCCAUGUGGGACGGCCUGGGAGAGGAAGAGAAACAGAUGUACAAGAAGAGGACAGAGACGGCUAAGAAAGAAUAUCUAAAACAACUGGCUGCCUACAGAGCCAGUCUGGUAUCACAGAGUUACAAUGAUCCAUCUGAAAUGAAGCCGCCCCACUCUUCCCCCACACCUGCCUCUACCUCAAUGUUUACACCCAAACCUUCAGUCUACUCUGGUCACCCAGGCCAGCACCACUCCUCCAGCUCACUGGCCCACCCUCACUCCCUCCCUUCUCAUCAGCACCCAAGCAUGUACAUGCCGUACCCUCACCAAUCGCACCCUUCCAACGCCUCAAGCCCUGGCCUCAGCCCGCACCUGCCCCCUCAUCACACCCAGAUGCACCCCCAGCUCCAUGCCCUGUCCUCCAGAGGGACCGUGCCGCGGCCCAGCGUCCCCCACCAGGGAGCUCUGUCCCUUGGCAGCAUGGUGGCGGCGUCCACCCCUCCUCUCCAGGUCAGCCCUCCCCUCCACAGCCAGGCACACCUGGGAGGGCUGCACAGUCCACACCAUCAACACCACCAGCACCAUCAACACCACAAGCACCAGCAGCUCAGUGGACACUCACUGGGAAUGACGCACUCACCCGGCAUUACACAGGGCUACCACCCGUCCCUCCAGUCUGACUACCAGCCAAUGGGAGGAGGUAUGCUUAAUGGUGGAGCAGUGAUGUCAUCAUCAGUGGACUAUCAUCAGCUGGGUCGACACACGCCAAACCACCACCCCUCUCUGGACUGGAGCCCCGAUUACCAUGGCAACGGCAGUCUGCAAAGAGACAAACACCUCUAUCUGAGCUAGUCUCAGGACAAAGUGACACCAAACUUCAACCGAAACCCUUCGGCUGCCACCCCAGGGAACCUCUAGCCUCAUCUCUACAGGAACCCGGGCCAGCCUCCUCCAACCGUAACCAACAAACCACCUACACUUAAACUAAACUCCAAUUCAGCACUUCAAACAAAAGCCCAAGUUGUAGAAUAAAGGGACAUUUCUGUGUAUUAAUGCUUUUUUCGUGUUUCCACUGCAUGGUGCGGCUCGACUCAACUCUCUUGGAACCGUACUUUUUUGUUUUCCAUUAGCAAAGGUUGUGGAUGGUACCUGGUACUUAUUUUGGUACCACUUGAAUCGAGUUUCCAAGUAUGCUGAGCCGAUACUAGAAGGUGGCGUUCAAACACUGUAGACCACUGACUGGUCAGAGAAUCGUCACCAGAAUGGUCACUUGCGCUACGCGGUCCCCUGUGCCCUCCACAAACCCGCCAGUUAUUAAUAACCCAUGACCCCCCCGUCAAUGACGACCACAUUUAAAAAAAAAAACUCACUUAACUGAGAUUUAGCAUUGUCACAAUAGUACUCGCGUCCUGCUGUUUCCUGUUGCUGUGCUCUCAAAACAUCUUGCCAAAGGAAAAUUAGCCGGCUGGCUAACACUGGCACUUUUACAGAUCGGUUGGUUAAUGUGCAUUUUCUUUAUCAAUAAAUGAAUGAAAUUUAGGAGGAUGUCACAGCAGGUUUUGGCGGCGUUGCUGUGACGAUCAAUUAAAAAUCCCACCAAUUGAAGCGUACUAUCUGCAGUGGAAAACUAAAUCUAGAAAUGUAACUGGUACCAAAAGUGAGUUGACUAGAGUCCAGCACCAUACAGUGGAAAUGAGGCAUUACAAUCUUCCUCGGGACAACAUGCCAGAAACGGAAGAAGAAGAAAUACGUUCUUCCAUCUUCUGCAUGUCCCAUCAUGGCUGGCCUGACAUUGGUUAUUGGCUGGACUUUCUUCUACUGACCAUUCACAGCAUAAGCCAUGUACGGUAAUGCUUUGAAUUGAAAUGUAUACCGGCGUGGAGAGGUGGGCAGGUCCUGUGGUGUGAUUAUAUGUGUAUAUACUCCCAACAUCCCUCAAAAAGGGAUAUUCUGUCUAAUUUCCUGUCUGCCCUAAUAAGUCCAUAUCUAGUUACUUAUUUUGUGAAGAUGGUGUUUACCGUCAGUUCCAAAAGGCUCCAAAGAGCAAGUGUAAAUUUCUGUAUCAUAAUACUUUGAGCUGUCGAUUUAAAGCCAAUUGAUUUUUUUUUUCUUUGACCUCAUAGCUGCUGUAUCAUUGUACAGCCAAAGUCGAGAAAACACAGCACACAAAUAAUAGGUUGAUAACCAAAUACUUCCCCCGCUGGUUCUUUAAUUAUGAGAUUAUAAGCAUUCGAUUUGAUGAAGUUUGGACCGAAGUCCCACACACUCUGUAGAUAUAGAGAAGCGUAUCGCAGUGUUGAACAGAGUCAUAAUGAUUGAAUUCACACUGCUUUAUUCAGCUCAAGACAAAUAAGAGAAAGAGGUGGAACAGCACCUGAAGCAGUUUGUUGCCUUUCUAACCAGGUGCUGGCUGUGAAUAAUUGCGUAUGAUUAAAGAACUUUUCUUGUUCUCUCGCAGUGAGGCUCAGAUCUGCAGGGUAGAAAUUAAAUGUAUUUUACUCCAUGAAAUAAUGAAAUGUCAAACAAUUCUUUGUUUAAAAAAAAAAAGAAACAAAAAUACUCCUUUGUACGAUGACAGCUCCUCCUCCUGCCAUAUGUCUGUUGAUAAUAUUGAUUUAGAUCCAAACUGUGUGUGUGUGCGUGUGUGCGUGUGUGCGUGUGUGCGUGUGUGCGUGUGUGCGUGCGUGCGUGCGUGCGUGCGUGCGUGUGUGUGUGUGUGUGUGAAGUGUUAAUGAGGAGGCAGAGUGGUUGAUUGGGUUGCAUGGUCUCUUUUGUCAUCUCUAUUUCUCUGUGCUCAGAGACUAUUUAAGAAACUAUAACUGUUGCUGGGUUGGCUGUGUUUAAUGUGUUUUUUUUAAUCAAAUCAAGUUUUGUUUUAGUGUUAAUGACGAUGAUGAGAGACACAUCGCUGUCGCUCUGUAUCUCUUUGUAUUAAUGUGUUUUUUUGGCAGAUGAAAGGACUCUGGGCAAAAACAACCAUGAAGAUUUUCUUAUUUUUAGAUUCUAAUGUGUUUGAGAAUAAAGUCAGGCUGCAUUGAUGUGCAGUCAUUACUCCAAAA